UGGCAAUUUCCAGAGCUAUCCCAUUACUCGGUUGACGGCCAUCACAUAUUCGGCGUUAUCAAAGGAUCAGGCGCCAUUGUUCAGCGUCGGAGUUACAUACCAGGAUCUACAGACGCUUCAUGCUUUUUGUCCGACUUCUUCUCAUACCCCCAUGAUCACCAAAUCAUGUUUGUUUACAUUCGCUUCUUGUGUUUUUAUUCAGGGGAAACAUUGUGAACUAUGCUAUACCCGCUGUUUUUUCUUUCGCUUCUUCAGGCUCGCACGCCAAAUCCGGGGCUCAAUGUAGAAUGUCCGUCUCUCGACAACCUCCCCGGCCCCAGGGUUGGAAAGUCGAGCCUCGCAUUGCCCCCUCAUCCGCAUCUCACAGGGGAUUUUCACACACAAAAGAAAUCAUCAUCAUCAUUCUAUUCUACCACAACCACUAAACCCAAACCACGUUCCAUUGGGUUCGGUCGUGUCUUCUCUUCGUCUUUUUGUUUUUCUAUCAAGGAGAUUCAUUCACACGGCGCGCUUUUUUUCACUCACAAGUACAAUAAAAGAAUGACACGCGCUUCAGUAAUAGGGGACCUCUCACGCCCCAUUGUCGUGUCAUGUCAGGAGGCGGGGUCGGAGGGAGAACGCUGUAUAAAGUACAUAGAAGGAAAAGUCGAAAGGGGCGUGGGGAUGAGGGAAGACAGGGAAGAUGGGGAGAUUUAGUGAAUUGAAUUGAAUUGAAUUGAACGAAAGAAGAAGUGUCU